UGGCCAGAGGAGGUAAUGACAGGACAAAUGACUGCGAGAGACAAUGGUGUCCGCCCCAACCAAACCCGGAGGAUGGAGAAAAGUGGAGACAAGAUGUCUGACAGCGUCCUAACCCUCACCUGGGAGAUCGUCUACCUGCUGGCCGGAGAGGAUUGCACAGUAGUAAAGAAGACAUCUGGAGAUUGUGUGGCCCCCAGCAGUCGCCCCCAUGUGUCAGGAGGAUGGAGCAGGACUCGGGCCUGUAUCAGGGAGCCUCCACCUCCCUCACCGAUACCUGAGUCGAACAAUGAGCAAAAGAUCCUAGAACUUAUCUACAAGAUGGUGGAGAUACUGACUGGAGAGGUUCCUAUAAGGUGUCAGGAUGUGGCAGUCUAUUUUUCCAUGGAGGAGUGGGAGUAUGUAGAAGGACACAAGGAUCUGUACCCGGACAUUAUGGAGGACCCCCGGCCCCUCACAUCACCUGAUGGAUCCAGUAGAUUUCCCCGUCCUCUGAAUUCUUGGGAUUGUUCAGGAGUAAAUCGCAAUGUCCUUGAGGAUUGUCAGGUUCACGACCUUCAUACUGUCAAAGUUGAAGCUGUGGACGGUGAUGAGGAAUCUUUGUGCGAGACAACUUCUGUAUGUAUCAACCAAGAUGAGUGCACCAAGAACAUGGAAGGAAAUAUCCAUUUAUCUCCCGAAUGCAAAGUAGAAAAUAUCGACCUCGCCCAAGAUUCUUCUGGAAAUCUCCAGAUGAUUCUAAAUCUACCUCCAGGACUUCACAACAUAGAUCCGCCAUCCAGUAAUCCCAAGGAAAAUCUGUCUGUCAAAUCACAGAGUGAACCGUGUGACACAGCCAGUAAAAUGUUUUCAUGUUUGGAAUGUGGGAAACAAUUCUCCCAGAAAUCAAAUCUUUCCGUGCACAAGAGAAUCCACACUGGGGAGAAGCCCUUUUCAUGUCCGGAUUGCGGCAAACGUUUCGCACAGAAAUCUAAUCUCGUUGAACAUCAAAGAAUUCAUUCAGAGGAGAAACCGUUCUCAUGUUCAGAAUGUGGGAAACGUUUUACUCGGAAGGCGGGUCUGGUCACACAUCGGAAAACUCACACGGGGGAGAAGCCGUUCUCGUGUUCUGAAUGUGGGAAACGUUUUACCAGGAAAGCGGGACUUGUCGAUCACCUGACCAUCCACACGGGAGAGAAGCCGUUUUCGUGUUCAGAAUGUGGGAAAUGUUUCGCUCACAAGACGGGACUUGUCGAACAUCAGAAGACGCACGUGGAAGGGAAGCCUUUUACGUGUACAGAAUGUGGCCAUUUUUUCUCCCGUAAAUCUGCUCUGGUGGUACAUUGGAAAAUUCACACGGGUGAGAAGCCGUUCUCGUGUUCUGAAUGUGGGAAACGUUUUACCAGGAAAGCGGGACUUGUCGAUCACCUGACCAUCCACACGGGAGAGAAGCCGUUUUCGUGUUCAGAAUGUGGGAAAUGUUUCGCUCACAAGACGGGACUUGUCGAACAUCAGAAGACGCACGUGGAAGGGAAGCCUUUUACGUGUACAGAAUGUGGCCAUUUUUUCUCCCGUAAAUCUGCUCUGGUGGUACAUUGGAAAAUUCACACGGGUGAGAAGCCGUUCUCGUGUUCAGAAUGCGGGAAAUGCUUUAGCCAAAAAUCUAUCCUUGUCGAGCAUCAGAGAAUUCACACGGGGGAGAGGCCGUUUUUGUGUCAAGAAUGUGGGAAACGUUUUGCCCGGAAAUCGGUUCUUAUUAACCAUCAGAGAACUCACACGGGGGAGAAGCCGUAUUCGUGUGCGGAGUGCGGGAGAGCGUUCAGACAGAAGUCGGAUCUGGAUAAACAUCGGGGGGUUCACCUGGAGGAGAAGAUGUUUCCGGGUGGAGAAUACGAGGAGUGUCUAAUACCAAACUUCGAACACCAGAUGGACCCCAUUCAAAGUCAUUGUGACCUGUUGGUGUCCUUUGUGCAAUCAUCCAUCCAGGAGGAACCAACCUCAUGCUGUGAAGGAAAUCUCUCAGACUUCACCGAUCACUUACAGUCUCCUCCAAUUCAUAUUAAGAAAGAUUUAUUCCCACUUGAUGGAGGGCAGUGCCCCGACCCCAGCCUGUCUUUUCCCACACGCUAUAUGCAAUAUCCAUUCUAUCGUAUUAAGGAAGAACCCGUCUCAUAUGGCGGAGAACACCCAACAGACCAUUACAUUUAUACACCCACAGACCAUAACCAACAAUGUCCAUCUACUAGGAAAGACGGACAUUUUGGACAGAAGAUGACCUUUGACGCCCAUCAGAAAAUCUUCGCUCAGCAGAAGUCGUACUCAUGCGAGUGCGGGAAGGGAUUUACCCGUAGAACCCACUAUACGACCCAUCAGAGAAUUCACACGGGAGAGAAGCCGUUCUCCUGUUCCGACUGCGGGAAAAGCUUUUCUCAGAGGUCGUACGUUGUGUCACAUCAGAGAAUUCACACCGGGGAGCGACCCUUCUAUUGCUUGAAUUGCAGUAAAAGUUUUCGAAUAAAGAGUAGUCUGAACAAGCAUCUGAGGACUCACAAAUUCGACAACCCCUACACCUGCCCUCUGUGUAUGAAAACCUUCAUGCAUAAGGGGCAUUUUGUGGCCCAUCAGAGGAUUCACAUGGAGGAGAAGAGGUUCUCCUGUCCGUACUGCGAUAAGGCCUUCAUUCAUCACGGACACUUUGUCGCUCACCAAAGAAUCCACACAGAAGAGAAGAGGUUUUCGUGUCCUUACUGCGACAAGUCUUUCAUCCAUCACGGACAUUUUGUGGCUCACCAGAGAGUUCACACUGGAGAGAAGCCGUUCCCGUGUUCCGAUUGUGGGGCCCGUUUCAGCACUCACCAUAACCUGCGAAGGAUCCAAGAAGCCAAAGAAAUUGUCAGUAGGAAAAUGGGCAAGGCCCAACAGAGGCAACAGGAAGAUUACAACCGUCAUGACUCCGCCAAACCACUUCAAUUGGUCGAUAAAGUCUGGCUACGGAAGUUCCCAAGAACUAACAAGCUGGACUUCAUCUGGGAGAUAGAGCCCUAUACGGUGACGGCCAUAGCUUACCCCGAAUCUGAGGUAUACGAAGUACAGAAACCUGGGUAUGAGCCACAAGUCGUCCACCAGAAUUAUAUCAAGCUCUGUCUCAAAGAACAUCUACCUGUGCUCCCCGCCCCAUCUCCUCCAGAGGUCAGACCUGCGAGGGAGUACAUCCCUGCCGAGGGGAUCCACCCAUCUAUGGUUAUCACCAUAUUUUCUCCAAACCAGCCAGCAAUCUUCUGUGUUUCUCCAACCUCAGGACUAGUUCACCUCACAAUUUGCCUCAAAGAUAUAAGAAAACAACCACCACCACCACGUACAUGUACAAGGCUUUUCGGACGAAUGGUUAGUCUGGUGUCUGAUGAGUUGGGUGUAGUGAACAAAGAGUUCUCCGCACUCGGAACACGAGUAGGGUUUCUCUCCAGUGUGGACUCGCUGGUGUUUGAUGAGAUUCGAGCUGGUAUUGAAAUACUUCCCGCACUGGGAACAAUGGAAGGGCUUCUCUCCUGUGUGGAUUCUCUGGUGGAUCGUAAGAGUCGUCUUCCUGUUAAAGCUUUUUCCGCACUCCGAGCAGACGUAGGGCUUCUCCCCCGUGUGGCUCAUCAGGUGGAUGGCCAGGUGGACAUACUGGUUGAAGCAUUUGCCACACUCAGAACACGUGAAAGGUUUCUCUCCCGUGUGAGUCCUUUCGUGUAUGAGGCGCUGAGACUGUUCACACUUGAAGCACUUAAAGGUGAAGUCUGUGGACUGAGCGGCGGCAUGGUGACCAUUUUGACUAGCAUCCAUGUCAUCCUCUUCGAAAAGUUGGACACCGACAUUCACGGGAGUUUCUUUCGAGGCGUCCAUUUCAUCGCCGGAGUCCGAUUCCUGAGAUAUUUUCCGGGUCCGGAUCUUCCUUCAUGUAUGGAGAUGUAUAGAGCGGUGAAGGACCUGAGGACGGAUACUUAUAAGAUGGAGCGAGGUCAGAUCCCUGAGAGGAUCCUAAACCUCACCCUGGAGAUCAUCUACCUGCUGACCGGAGAGGAUUACGUCAUCGUGAAGAAGGAGCCGUCAGACCCAACCGGAGACAUCGCGGCAUCCGGUGAAUUCAGCGGCAAAGUCCAAAACUCCAUCACCAUCGAUCCCCCUCACUCCCUAAUAGAGAGGAACAAUGAGCAAAAGAUCCUGGAGCUGACCAACAAGAUCAUCGAGCUGCUGACGGGGGAGGUCCCCAGAGGAGAUGAAGAUGUGAGUCUGAAUUUCUCGGUUGAGGAUUGGGAACGUUACGGCCGCGACGCGGACGGUAACAUGGACGCCAUGAUGAUGGAGAACCACCAGAUGCUGAGCUCGCUGAAUAUGAGCGAGAUGGUGUCCGAAACCAGAAGCAGCAUGGUCAGCAUCAACCCAAAGAGACUCUAUCCCGGUAUUUGCAAGGCUCGUAAGAGAAAGGGCCAGCCGGUCAGAUACGUGGCCGAUAACUCCGCCCCCUGUGACGAUGACAACAUCAUCAACCAUUCCGAUGUCAGCGCCUAUCAACCGCGAGAAGAAUUCGUGCCUGUGAUUGUGAAAAACGAGGACGCAAAAGUUCACAUGCGCUCAGAGCACACGCAGACAGACUUGGUUGCGAGUCCUCCCAUAACGUAUCCUAAGGAGGAGCCAGAGGAGGAGAUGAAGAGUCCAGAGCCCGACUUUCUACGUGUGGACUAUGAUUCCGUCUUCAUGGCCAACCAAGGUUCUGUCUCUAUGGAGAGUAGUCGCAAACUCUACGACUGUGCUUUGUGCGGGAAAACCUUCACCAGCAAGUCAGGCAUUGUGAAGCACCAGAGGAUGCACGCGGGAAGAGUCGUCCCUUGUCCGGACUGCGGGAAGGAGUUCACCUGUAAUUCUGAGCUGGUGGCCCACCAGAGGACGCACACCGGGGAGAAACCGUUCCCCUGCCCCUCCUGCGGGAAGUGUUUCUCCACCAACACCAACCUGGUCGCGCACCAGAGAAUCCACACAGGGGAGAGGCCGUACACCUGCAUUGAGUGCGGCAAAAGUUUUACCAGCAGUUCGGACCUUGUCAAGCAUCAGAUAAUCCACACCGGAGAGAAACCUUUCUGCUGCCCUGACUGCGGAAAAGGUUUCACCAGCAAAUCCAACCUGGUCAAACACCAGCGAAUCCACACGGGCGAGAGGCCUUUCCUGUGCUCCGAAUGUGGCAAGGGCUUCGCCAUCAAGUCUAAUCUUAUCAAGCACCAGGUCGUCCACACCGGGGAGAAGCCGUACCCCUGUCCCGAGUGCGGGAAACGCUUCUCCAACCAGUCCAACGUUGCGAAACAUCACAGGACUCACUAUGGGGAGAAGCGGCUGGGUGUCCAAAGCUGAAUAAAGUUUUUAUCAUGUCGGACGAGCUUGUGGGGCUGGGGACUAUAGAGUCUUCCCUUCUUCUUGUCUAUGACCCGAUUCUCUUUGCCAGAAGAAGUUUUAGCCACACCUUUUCUUGCUAUUAGGAAACUUUUAACUGUUGGCCAUUCCAUAUAUUUUGUUUUUUUUAUUUUUUUGCAACCUCCACUGAUCUGCCAUAACAUUAAAUCAUGGUGAAAAAACAUGGAUUAUCUGGUGACAAUGGGAUCUGUUGGGGAAGGCGGGGUGGAGAGAUAUUAGGAGCAAGUGACCGGUCAGUUCUUGAAGUUGAUGUUAGACGCAGGGUGAAUGGUCAAGUAUAAGGAUCUGAGCGACCAGGACCCAACAGUGAUGUGUAGACUCCGGGGUCAGAUCGUCUCCAGGACUAUGUUCCCAAUAGGUACCAGUUAGUAUGGCCAAACUUGUCCAAGGAAGGACAACCAGGGACCGUACUACUUAAAAAUUCUUAAAUUUCCACAUUUGGGUAAGUAAUCAGAUUUGUAAUAUUAUCAAAUCCCAGAUAUGAUACAGAAUAACGUAUAAUAGCUGAACAUUGUAUGCCACGACUCACAAUCAUGUGAAAGUUAUUUUAUAAAUAAUGUAAAUUCAAAAUCAUUUUGGAUUUACUUUGUAAUUUACAAAGUAAAAUAUUUCAAAUAAUGCUGCUGAAAAGAGACUGCAAACCUGAGCGAGCUGUGGGCUAGGGUCACCGAUAGAUCACAUGGCCACAAGACAGCAAUCGUACAAUGCCUUCAAGAUGGAAAUCAAAGCUUGGAAGUUGCAGAAGAUGUUGGUUGUUCCCUAUCAACUGUUAAUAAUGCAUAAGGCAAGUAAAAAGGGAAUGGGAAUGCUAUGUAGGAAAAUAUAUGGGGAGAGUGAGGAAGACAUCAGGAUAGAAAAGUGAGAAACAUGCCUGGCAAAUAGAAAAUGUCGAACACAACAACUGGAGUCUUUUCCAACCAGGAUGCCUCAAGCUGUUGCAAAAGUACAAGUCCUUGCAUGCCCCAACCGACUGACCAAAGUUUCUAGAGAUCAAGAAGAGGGAGAAUAAAAAAUCCUCUGAAAUCCGACCCAAUUGAUGAUAAAUAAUCGUCGUCACAAGACACGGUCUAGUCAUGGGGCAGGUUCUUAGAAUGUUCCAUUAGAUUAAUGUUCUAUCAGCAGAAUGACAUUAUGGAGAAACGAGCCCGAACUUAAUCUAAUGGAACACUCUAGAAACCUGCCCCAUGACAAGACCCCGUCCUAUGACGAUUAUUUAUCAUCAGUUUCGUCAAAUUUUAAAGGAUUUUUUCCCUCUUCUUGAUCUCUAGAAACAUCGGCCAAUAAUACAAUUAUCUUCAGGAAUCUGAGGGACUCCUUAAAGGAGUAGUCCGGUGCUGAAAAACAUAUCCCCUAUUCUAAGGAUGGGGGAUAAGUUUCAGAUCACGGGGGGUCCGACCGCU